AUGUCGGAUACUGGACGUAGCCCUCGACCAGCUGGCACUCAACUGAGACAGCGACGCGGCGGUGGAGCAGCUGCUGCUUCUUCUGGUCGUACUCGUACUGGUAACAAUGGAGGAUUGUGGCGUUUUUAUACUGAAGACUCCACCGGAUUGAAAAUCGGCCCUGUACCUGUCCUUGUAAUGAGCCUAGUUUUCAUCGCCUCUGUAUUCGUUCUGCAUAUUUGGGGAAAAUUCACACGAAGCCGCGCUUAA